CUGCUGUAGGCAGAUGUGGUACAAUAUCCACCUUCUCUCCCCCCCGCCCAAUUAGGUCUCAUCCUGAACUCUAAUGGUUAGAUUUUUCUUAAGCUGUGAAGCAUGAGGUUUAAUAUCCUUCCCAAAUUUUUGUUAGCAUUAACAGUUAAAAUUCCUGAUAUUCUUGUUUUUCAUAUAAAUGUCCAGUCCCUUUUUGAAUCUUGCUGUCUGAAUCUUUAGUUUGGCUCAAGGUAUCCAGGUUUGCAGAGGAGGCUGAGCUACAAGGGGGUAUGCCAGAAGGAACUGGGUUUGUGGCUGGCAAGAAAGAUAUAUUGCCGUUUCAAGACUGUCACAUGACUCCAGUUCCUUAGAAAUUCAGCAAAACGCCUUGUGUGGUGGGUGGGGCCAGAGGAGAACAGAUAAGCAACCUGUGCAGCUUGUGGUGGGAUUCCGAGGGAGAAACGUGAGCUCAGCUUUUCUACUUUCUUCCUGGAUCUCUGCUAGGUUACAGGUUGUCUGCCACACUCCCCUGAUCUUGAUCGCUAGUUGGUUUUCCUUCUAGGCUCUUCGGGCAAGCAGCUGAGUUUGGGGGCCAUAGCCAUGGACCCACUCUCGGAGUUGCAGGAUGACGUGACCCUGGAGGACACCAACCAGUCCCUGAGCCAGCUCAAACUGGCUUCCUUAGAUGAUAAGAACUGGCCAGCAGAUGAAGUGCCUGUUUUUCCCAAGUCAGAGGACACCAACUGCUCCCCUGAGCCCAUCACUCACCUGCGCUGGGAUGAUCCAUACUACGAUAUUGCUAGGCACCAGAUCGUGGAAGUAGCAGCCCAGGGAGGAGACGACGCUGAGUGGCCUGAAAGUGUCUACUACGAAGGGAAAUGUGGUAGUGGUGUGGAAGAGGUGAACCUCUCCAUGACCCUUGGGUGUAUGCAGCGACAGCAGAUCAAGGAGCUGUGCACUAGCUACGCGCCGAUGUUCUCAGCCACCCCAGGACUGACUGAACGGGCAUACCACUCCGUUGACACAGGUAAUGCUCACCCAAUUAAAGUCCAACCUUACCGGGUGUCUCCUCAAGCUAAAACUGCUAUAGAACGGGAGAUCCAGGAUAUGUUACAGAUGGGUGUAAUCCACCCCUCUGAAAGUGCAUGGGCAUCUCCAGUGGUUCUAGUUCCCAAACCAGAUGGGGAAAUACGUUUUUGCGUGGACUACCGUAAGCUAAAUGCUGUAACUCGCCCAGACAACUAUCCAAUGCCACGCACAGAUGAACUAUUAGAGAAACUGGGACGGGCCCAGUUCAUCUCUACCCUGGACUUAACCAAGGGGUACUGGCAGGUACCGCUAGAUGAAUCUGCCAAGAAAAGGUCAGCCUUCACCACACAUCUCGGGCUGUAUGAAUUUAAUGUACUCCCUUUCGGGCUGCGAAAUGCACCCGCCACCUUCCAAAGACUUGUAGAUGGUCUCCUAGCGGGAUUAGGAGAAUAUGCAGUUGCCUACCUUGACGAUGUGGCCAUAUUUUUGGAUUCCUGGGCAGACCACCUGGAACAUCUACAAAAAGUCCUUGAGCGCAUAAGGGAGGCAGGACUAACUGUUAAGGCUAAGAAGUGUCAAAUAGGCCUAAACAGAGUGACUUACCUUGGACACCAGGUGGGUCAAGGAACUAUCAGCCCCCUACAGGCCAAAGUGGAUGCUAUCCAAAAGUGGCCUGUCCCAAAGUCAAAGAAACAGGUUCAAUCCUUCUUAGGCUUGGCCGGUUAUUACAGACGAUUUGUACCACACUACAGCCAAAUCGCCGCCCCACUGACAGACCUAACCAAAAAGAAACAGCCAAAUGCUGUUCAGUGGACCGAAAAGUGUCAGAAGGCCUUUAACAAGCUUAAAGCGACACUCAUGUCUGACCCUGUACUAAGGGCCCCAGACUUUGACAAACCGUUCCUAGUAGCCACAGAUGCGUCCAAGUGUGGUGUGGGAGCAGUUUUAAUGCAGAAAGGACCUGAUCAAGAAUUCCAGCCUGUAGUGUUUCUCGGCAAAAAACUGUCUGAGAGGGAAAGCAACUGGUCAGUCACUGAAAAAGAAUGUUACGCCAUUGUCUACGCUCUGGAAAAGCUACGCCCAUAUGUUUGGGGACGGCGUUUCCACCUGCAAACCGACCAUGCUGCACUGAAGUGGCUUCACACCAUCAAAGAAACUAACAAAAAACUUCUUCGGUGGAGUUUAGCUCUCCAAGAUUUUGAUUUCGACAUCCAACACAUCUCAGGAGCUUCUAACAAAGUGGCUGAUGCACUCUCCCAUGAAAGUUUCCCAGAAUCAACUGGUUAAAAUCGUCCUUGAGAUGUAGAAAAUAUUGUUAGUCUUUAUGUACUUGGUAGUAUAUUUAGAGAUGCAUGUGUCUUAUUAACUCUGUUUUUCCUAGAGCUCCAGGAAGAAAUCCCAGCCAGUGUUUCACCCUAGCUGAGAUUUGGGGAGCGUGUCAUAAAUAUAAAGGGAAGGGUAAACCCCUUUGAAAUCCCUCCUGGCCAGGGGAAAGCUCCUCUCACCUGUAAAGGGUUAAGAAGCUAAAGGUAACCUCGCUGGCACCUGACCAAAAUGACCAAUGAGGAGACAAGAUACUUUCAAAAGCUGGGAGGAGGGAGAGAAUCAAAGGGUCUGUGUGUCUGUCUACAUUCUGUCUUGGCCGGGGAUAGACCAGGAAUGGAGUCUUAGAACUUUUAGUAAGUAAUCUAGCUAGGUACGUGUUAGAUUAUGAUUUCUUUAAAUGGCUGAGAAAAGAACUGUGCUGAAUAGAAUAACUAUUUCUGUCUGUGUAUCUUUUUUGUAACUUAAGGUUUUGCCUAGAGGGGUUCUCUAUGUUUUGAAUCUAAUUACCCUGUAAGGUAUCUACCAUCCUGAUUUUACAGGGGGGAUUUCUUUUUUUCUAUUUACUUCUAUUUUUAUUAAAAGUCUUCUUGUAAGAAAACUGAAUGCUUUUUCAUUGUUGUCAGAUCCAAGGGUUUGGGUCUGUGGUCACCUAUGCAAAUUGGUGAGGCUUUUUAUCCAACAUUUCCCAGGAAAGGGGGUGUGCAAGUGUUGGGAGGAUUGUUCAUUGUUCUUAAGAUCCAAGGGUCUGGGUCUGUAGUCACCUAGGCAAAUUGGUGAGGCUUUUUACCAAACCUUGUCCAGAAAGUGGGGUGCAAGGUUUUGGGAAGUAUUUUGGAGGGAAAGACGCGUCCAAACAGCUCUUCCCCAGUAACCAGUAUUAGUUUGGUGGUGGUAGCGGCCAAUCCAAGGACAAAGGGUGGAAUAUUUUGUACCUUGGGGAAGUUUUGACCUAAGCUGGUAAAGAUAAGCUUAGGAGGUUUUUCAUGCAGGUCCCCACAUCUGUACCCUAGAAUUCAGAGUGGGGGAGGAACCUUGACAUGGUGGCAUAGUGGUGGGAUUAACCUGAAAUCAUUUUGAGGUCCAAUUGAGAUUUUUUGAACUAGAAAUACAGAUUUUAAAAAAGGAAAUGUUUUUCCUUUGGAAAGGAAGUCCAGAAAGCAGCUGAAACUGAAAGCAGCUUGUUUUUCUCUGCUUUGUGGCCAAGCAGAGACAAAAGGGGAUUAUCUUUGUGAAUUGCAGGUUUUCUUUGCCUGGAGGCAGGGUACUUAACUCCUGCAGGGAAAUUCACAGUCUUCCAACCCAGAGUUUUUUUUCCCCUAAAAGUAAAUAGGGAGGGGGGUGUUCUACCCAUUUGCCUGGAGACAAAAGUGGCAGGGUUUUUUUUUUAGGAUUUUGAUUUUUUUUGUUUUACAAGGAGCACAGGUUUGAAAAGGAAUUUUUUUUUUCCGUUGGGCUGCUGGUAAUCAGGUUUCCAAGUAGUUGGAGGUUUUUUGCUUUGAUUUGGGCCCAGAGCAGAGACAAGGGAAUUGUCUUUUUCUGUAGGCUGACUAUCAGUAUCAGAGAAUAGGUAUUCUAUUCCAGCACAGCAAAAUUUUACAGCCAAGUUUUGUUUAUUUCUAAACCUUGGGUGUAAAGUUAGUUAAAACAGAGAGGUUAGAAUGACAAAAUCCACGGCUCGACACAAGCUGGAAUUAGCCAGAUUUCAGGCUGCGGAAAGACAAAGGGAACAUGAAAGACAGAUAGAACUCAUGCGGCUGAAGAAGGAACAAGCAAGAGUGGCAGAACAACACCAAGCGGCUGCUCACAGGAGAGCUAUGGAAGAAGGGACAAAGAACUGGAGGAGAAGGAAAAAGAGAGGAAGUAUGUGGAGGAGAUGGAGAAGAUAAAGGCUCACCAGAAUAUCCCAACAAACCCUAGUAAUCCUUCUCCAAGUACCACUUCCCAUCCCAGAAAGUUCCCCACCUACAAGGCAGGCGAUGAUACUGAGGCCUUCCUAGAAAACUUCAAAAGGGCCUGCCUUGGGUACAACAUCUCUACUGACCAAUACAUGGUAGAGCUGAGGGCAGUGGGCCCUUAGCUCAGUGGGCCCUUAGCUGAGGUGGCAGCUGAAAUGCCUAAAGAACACAUGAACAAGUAUGAACUGUUUAAAUCCAAGGCGAGAGUCAGAAUGGGGAUAACACCCGAGCAGUCUCGUCGGAGGUUCAGAGCCCUAAGGUGGAGACCAGACAUGUCAUUUACCCGACAUGCCUACCACAUUGUGAAACAUUGGGAUGCCUGGAUAUCAGGAGCAAGUGGUGAGUCUCCAGUAAAUUUGCCCUUCCUAAUGCAAAUGGAACAAUUCUUAGAGGGUGUUCCUGAGGAAAUAGAAAGAUACAUCCUAGAUGGGAAACCCAAAACCGUAAUCGAGGCAGGAGAGAUUGGAGCCAGAUGGGUGGAGGUGGCAGAGAAGAAGAAAACUUGUCACAGUUGGAGUGGAGACCAGAAGGGACCACCCCAGACCACACCCUAUUACCGGGGGCCGCCCAAAGCCCCACCUACCUCCCAAAGAACCCUCCAGACCCCUUAUCGUCCCACCACCCCAUUCUCCAGCAACCCACCUCGCCCCAGUGACCCGUCAGCUGGACGAUGUUUUAAAUGUAACGAGCUGGGGCAUGUAAAGGCCAACUGCCCCAAGAACCCCAACAGAUUACAGUUCAUUGCACCGGAAUCACACCAGAGGUCCGCAGGCCCAGAUACCCUUGGAGCGGAGGGAAACUGUGAGAGUGGGCGGGAAGAAGGUCACUGCGUGGAGGGACACCGGAGCACAAGUGUCAGCUAUCCAUGCUUCCUUAGAGGACCCCAAUUUAAUCAACCCAGAGAUCCAAGUGACGAUUCAACCCUUCAAGUCCAACUCUUUCAAUUUGCCUACAGCCAAGUUGCCUGUCCAGUACAAGGGCUGGUCAGGAACAUGGACUUUUGCAGUCUAUGAUGAUUAUCCCAUCCCCAUGCUGUUGGGGGAAGACUUGGUCAAUCAUGUGAAGCAGGCCAAGAGGGUGGGAACGGUCACCCGCAACCAGGCUAAACAAGCCUUGAGGCCUAGCUCUGUUCCGGAAACUUCUAUCAGGACCCGGUCAGAGGUGAUAGACCCGGACCCCAGGCCAAUGUCUGCAACAGCAGUAGUGGAUCCAGUCCCAGAGACCCAGACGGAACCAGUCCCAGAACCGGAAUCAGCCAAACAACCAACACCAGACCCAGUGUCAGCACUGAAUCCAGUACUUGCAACCUCAACACCAGAGGGCCCCACCGAACCUGAACUGGCAGCAGCCGAUAACCCUACACAAGAGGCUCAGCCGGAGCCUGAAUCCCAACAUAGUGCACCAGCGGAGAGCGGUUCACAGUCAACAGAAACAGAUCCAUCCCCUAUAUCGCUUCCAGAGGGACCAAGCCUAGGUCCACAAUCCCAUGAGGAACUGAUGUCUCCAACAUCAAGGGAACAGUUCCAGACCAAACAGGAAGCAGAUGAAAGCCUCCAGAGAGCUUGGACGGCGGCACGGAGCAACCCACCGCCUCUCAGCUCUUCUAAUCGAUCCAGGUUUGUUGUAGAAAGAGGACUUUUAUACAAGGAAACUCUUUCUGGGGGACACCAGAAAGACUGGCAUCCUCAGAGACCGUUGGUAGUUCCAACUAAAUACCGGGCCAAGCUCUUGAGCUUUGCCCAUGAUCACCCUAGUGGCCAUGCUGGGGUGAAGAGGACCAAAGACCGUUUGGGGGGGUCAUUCCACUGGGAGGGAAUGGGCAAGGAUGUUUCUACCUAUGUCCAGUCUUGUGAGGUGUGCCAAAGAGUGGGAAAACCCCAAGACCAGGUCAAAGCCCCUCUCCAGCCACUCCCCAUCAUUGAAGUUCCAUUUCAGCGAGUAGCUGUGGAUAUUCUGGGUCCUUUUCCGAAAAAGACACCCAGAGGAAAGCAGUACAUACUGACUUUCAUGGAUUUUGCCACCCGAUGGUCGGAAGCAGUAGCUCUAAGCAACACCAGGGCUAAAAGUGUGUGCCAGGCACUAGCAGACAUUUUUGCCAGGGUAGGUUGGCCCUCCGACAUCCUCACAGAUGCAGGGACUAAUUUCCUGGCAGGAACUAUGAAAAACCUUUGGGAAGCUCAUGGGGUAAAUCAUUUGGUUGCCACUCCUUACCACCAUCAAACAAAUGGCACGGUGGAGAAGUUUAAUGGAACUUUGGGGGCCAUGAUACGUAAAUUCGUAAAUGAGCACUCUAAUGAUUGGGACCUAGUGUUGCAGCAGUUGCUCUUUGCCUACAGAGCUGUACCACACCCCAGUUUAGGGUUUGCUUCCUGUCUGCAUGAAAUGCUCAGUCUGCUUCUGCAUUGAAGUGAAACUAAAAUAUGUCAGAGAUAUCUGACCCUUCCCAGCUGUGUCACCAACUUGCCUGGAGCCUGAAAUUGCAUGAAAUAGAAUAGUUUGUUUCUGGCUUCUGCUCCAAUAAAGGUACCAGCAUGCAGUGCUCCAGGUUGAUCAGGCAGUCUUGCAUUCUGAACCUGUAGUGUCUGUGAACCUCAAGUGUGGCUGAGGGCCAGAUCUUUGAGUUUUGCUACUUCGUAUACUCAUCCCUGAAUGUUGUAUCUUUGGAAUAUUUUGUAACAUUGGCUCUUUGGUGGCAGACCCUAUCUAACUGCAUUCGGAUGAUAUCUAAAUACUAGGAUAUUUCCCACUUGAGAUUUGCAUAGAAAUUGGAUACCCAUCUGAUUGUACAUACAGAGAUUAAGAAUAGUCAGGGUUCCUGGACUGGUUCUAGUUAACUGUCCUAAUCAUGCAACAGACUCAAAUCAGGGCAUAGAUCUCAAGUAGCCUGGGCAGUGUUUCCCCAGGUGAAACACACCAGGAAAUGUUUAGGGAGUUUUGCAGACAGUUAAGCAAAUAGUUCCCUUAAUGGGUUUAUGGUUCCAUUUAAUGCAGAGUGGUCUUAUCAGGACUAUAUUAUAGUUCUGAUACACCUUGUGCUUCUGACACAGCCAGCACAUCUCAGGCUGUGAUCUCACACAUUUGAGUGGCAGCACUCUAAGAAAAAGCAAGGGAUUGUGUUGAUGAUUUAGAAGGUAUCAUAAUUCUUGUUGCCCCAAUGCCCCAGUGUGGUAUUUGGAAGUGUAUUGUGCUGCUGGAGGUGCUCCCCUCUGCAUGAGGGAGAAAACUGAGGUGCUGACCACUUGGUCCUUAAAAACACCAUGUACUUUUCAGGGUGUUUACCUUGGGUCCUGGUCAGAUUCUAGUUUGAGUAGUUAUGUUGGGUCUCCCUAAAUUCACACUAGUUUCAGUCCUCAAGGGUGUUGAAAAAUUAGAGAGGGCUCAGAGAAGAGCCACGAGAAUGAUUAAAGGAUUAGAAAACCUGCCUUACAGUGGUAGACUCAAGAAGCUCAAUCUACUUCGCUUCAAAAUGGAAACGUUAAGGGGUGAUUUGAUUAGUCUGUAAGUACCUACCUGGGGGCAAAUAUUUAAUAGUGGGCUUUUCAGUCUAGCGGAGAAGGUAGAACAUGAUACAAGAGCUGGAAGUUGAAGCUAGACAAAUUCAGGCUGGAAAUAAUGUAUAAAAUCUUAACAGUGAGGGUAAUUAACCACUGGAACAAUUUACCAAGGGUCGUGGGGCUUCUUCAUCACUGGCAAUUUUGAAAGCAAGAUUAGAUGUCUUUCUAAAAGCUCUGCUCUGGAAAUUAUUUUGGGGCAAUUCUAUGGCUUGAGUUAUAUAGGCGGUCACAAUGGUCCCUUCUGGCCUUGGAAGCUAUGAAAUGAAUAUAAUACUAUUCUUUGCAUACCAUUGUGCAUUGUUGCUAUGUUCCACUCCAAAGGUAGCUACACUUCGGUGUUGGAUGAAGUGAUUCCUUGUGUGUCUGGACAUCUACGUGUGAUGUUUGUUGUGUGCUUUGGACUCUGGGUGCUGUAUAAUCACUUAUUGCUGGUUGUUUGCUAAUUGAGUUAUUGCUGAACAUACCCCAUUUGGGAGAGGAGGGGAACAAACGAACAGUGGAGUCAUUAGUUCAAGGUCUGUGGUUGUGCUUAGUGGGAGCAAUAGCUGUUUGCACUGCAAAGAAGUGGCUAAAAUUUAGAGACUUAGAAAUAAGAUUAACUUUGCAUUUUCAAAACCAAACAGUACAAGGAGUGGAACAUCUGUCCGAGAUCAAACAUGAUCUGCUCUCUCCAAGGCAGAGCGGUCAGCUGGAGGCAGUUUCCUCAGCUAGCCAAAAGCUUGUAGAAUUGGCUGCAGUUUCUCAUUUAUAAAUUGGAACCAUUGGUGAUUCAAACCCCCCUGAAUGCUUGGGAGCUGGCUUUGCCUUGUCUGGAAAGACCAGUCUGAUCUGAGAUGGCAGAUGGAAAUGGGAUAUGAAGCAGUUCGUUUCAGGUGAUUUAUAAGUUAGCGGACUGAGCUCAGUACAGGGAGCUAAGGAGAAGCCCUGGCACUGGUGGUAUGUUGGUCUCAGUAUAGUUCUCCAGCUACCUUCCCUAAAUGCUCUUACACAAUGUACUAUCCUGAUUUGGAAGGCAAAUCUGGCCAUGUUUCUGGAGCUCUCUGAGGGAUUAGAUGCCCCUUUCUGUUUACUUUCUUCUGGCAAGUAUCCAAGAGAAUUUGCCUUCCUCUCUAAGGCUGGUCCAGGAUCCAUAGAUUCUAAGGCCGGAAGGGACCAUUGUGAUCAUCUCGUGUGACCUCCUGUAUAACACAGGCCGCAGAACUGACAGCACCAGGCAUUCUCAGCAGGACUCUGUACCAAUCGCGGUUACAGGCACUGCCUUCUGGGCCCUAAGUGUUGUCUUUCAUGUUGCUCCAGUGGCAGGUGUCUUGAUAUUGGAGUUUGAUUUGCCCUUAAGGGCUAUGUGCUUCAGCUGGUCCAUGUCUAGUGAUUUGCCAGGCUCAGAAAUCAGUUUCUCAAGGACCUCAGCACAGAACUCUGCUGUGGAUAUUGCAUCAGUGCAGAGCAUUCACAACAAAGGCAUGAACUUGGCCAUGCUUGGGCUCUACUCCUGGCUUCUGUUGCACAAACUAGCCUUGCUUGAAAGGCAGUUAAAUAUGGACCAUGUGGCUAUUAAUCUGGAGGGGUGGCCAGGAGAGAGUGCUGUUCCCAACAUAUAGCGCCUUUUCACACUGCGUACUGAGACCUGGAGUGUCUCUGUAUUCUUAUCUGAGCCCCCAUCAUCACAAUGCGUGAGAGCAUCACAAACAUAAACAGAUUUAUACUCCCAACGCCCUGUGAAGUCAGGAAGUAUCCCCGUUGUACAGAUGAGGAACUGAGGCAGAGAGGCUGAAUGACCUGUCCACAUGGGGAAGCUGUAAUAGUGCCUUAUCCACAAGCCCAUGACUUUGCAGGCUACUCUUCCAUUUUCAAUAUAAGGGCAGCUGCGAUGUACCCAUUUAUGCUCAGUGGGUGUAUGGCAAGCUGUCAAGAAGCUUCUUGGUUAGACGGAGUUUGGGCGCCCAUGGGAUAAUCUGUUUGAUGUUGGUCUUGUGGCCUGGCUGUGGCUGUGUACAGUUGUUCCCAAUGGUCUCCGCAUCACCCUCUCCAGGUCUUGUGUAUCUGCUGGGUACCAUGUCCUCUCUCAGUGCCUUUUACCCCAGCAUGCCACUGUUGUGUUCAUGUGAUGGUUGAUCACUCCCUCAUGGCCUGUACCUUGAGCUGUCCCCUAUUGCUUCAGUUGUCUCCCUAACUUUUGUACAGGGACCAGUUUGUUUAUAUUGGUGAACUCCAUAUUCUCUUGUAUUGUCUGGUGAGUUACAAUAAAAUAUCAGUGGAAAGGGAAAAUGAGAGUGACAGACUGGAGAGGAAAUCUGUUCUCACAGCCUGGACUGCGUGGAUGGGGUUGAGGACUGUUGGCCCCUGAGAGGUAAUGCUUUCUUUGGUGUUGUGGCCAUGCUCACACACAUGCGGACCUGCGGCUGCUCUUGGCAUCAACAAGCACUUGCCUUAGUGCAGGCAGGCUUUAUUUCUGCAAACUUUGGAAUUGGCCCUUGUUUGUUAGACAUGAUAACCUGCUCUGUUUUGACUAAAGAUCUCAGUUGCUGGGCAUUGAUUGUAAUAAAGGGGCAGUUGGGGUCCAAGAUCCCAGUGCAGGGAUGUGAAGAAAAGUGGCUGCAUGCCCUGUGGGAGGUGAGUUUAAAUGGGGAACCGGAGAAGUGAUUGUGGUGGUGAAUGAUACCGGGCAACUCUGCAGUUUGAAAUGGAGAAAAGUUUCUGCUUCUUCUCCAUGCGACAGCCUUUGUGGCAUUGUUGGUGCAACUUAGAACAGUCUGUACUCCCCCUUCUCUCACUGGGCAGGACACGCUGCAUUGGCUCACCAGGAAACUGAGGCCCUCGGGACAAGUUUUGCUCUUCAUUGUCCUCUAGGGAAGCUGUUCCCACCCCUUCUUGGUAUUUGAAAAUAAGCCACCCUGAUGGAAAUAGAUGGGGGCUCCUUCAUGCAGGUGAUAUAUCUGUUCAUGCUGCACUGAAGCUCUGUGUACCCACGUGCUUAGUGAAUCAGUACAAAGGAGAAAAGCUCAGAAUCAGAUAGGGUGCAAUUCCCUCUAUCCGCUCACUUGAACUCUCCCCUCAUCUCCCUACUAGGGCUUCAUUCAUGGGGCCACAUUCUCUGUUGGCAGAAGUCCACUGAAAUCAUAAGAAUUAUGUCAGGUGAGAAUCUGGCCCAAGAUCUGUGAAACCACAGGAGAGGAUCAGGGACCAUGUCCCUAGGGUGGAGUUCUUCUGGUGUGAUGAGAGCUGUUCUUUGCUGGGCUUUGAGUUGGGUAGGGUUGUCCCCAUGCUAAGUUUGAUAGAAUCACACUGGAUUUGCCAGGUGAUCUCUCCAGAACAGUUUUAGGGUAUGUCUACUCAGCAACUAGACACCCAUGGCUGGCCCAUGUCAGCCGACUCGGGCUGAGACUGUUUCAUUGCAGUGUAGACAUCUGGGCUUGGGCUGGAGCUCGGGCUGGGACUGGAUGAGAGGGUUAUGGGCCAGCCAUGGGCUUUUCUUGGUUGUGUAGACAUACCCUUAGGCUGCAUCAGAUGAUGAAGCCAGUAAACAAGAUUGUUCUGCAAAACACUUCGGAGGCUCAUGGUACCAAUUCCUACUUCUCUAGGAUAGGCUCUGGGGAGGAGCGGGAGUAGUGGAGCCUGCCCCUCAUCACCUGGCUCUGCUCUGCUCCAUCCUGCCCAGAGCCAGCCUGUCCUUUGUGCAGCUUUACCCUCUCCCUUAGGGUGUGGUCUGAUUUCACUGUGCAUGUAGGAGCAAACUUCAGUCGAAGCAAGAGCAAAUAUGCCAGGAGAGAAGCACAUACCCUGGGCCCGCGCUCUGAAGCUUCUGCAUCUGCGAGGGGAAGGUCUUCCCUCUACUAGGGGUACUUACAUCUCUGUAGCAAUGCACACAGCCACAGUGCUGCAGGUGCCCAACUCUGAGCAAUCUCUGUUUCAGUGUUGCUACCUGAGGCCACUGUGUGGGGAACAGUUCCUGCAUGCCUCAGGACAUCUGAGUCCCACGUCCUGCCCUUUCCUGCUGGCUAUGUGGCAUAUACUCCACACUGGCUCCAGACAUCUUUCACAUUACUUGCCCUUAGGGCCCUGCGUGCUCUCAGAUCACUGCCUUCCCCCACCUAUGGACGAGGUGGGCUCUGCUGAGGCAGAGGUCAGGCAAGCUGUAUUGGUUACUGUGAAAUCCCAGGCUUCUGCCCUGUGGUGGAGGGACAGGGACUCCUGCUGCAUUGCACAUAUGCUGGUGGGAGCCCAGUGUUGUCCCUGAAUCUCCCUGUGAUCUCUGGCAUUUCAU